AUGCUCCGCUCUGCGACUCUGUCUCUUCGCGCUGCGCGUGUCGCGCCCCCUGCACCCACCCUCAUCCGCGCCUACCGCCCCACCGCGUCCGUCCUUAUGCCGACGACGAGCACGGCGUCCCCUGCGUCGCCCAAGGACGAGCAACGCGCGACCGCCCAGCAGCAUCCGACGCACAAGCCGGCCGGCAAGGGCAACACGACGUCGCCGCAGGCGUCGGCGUCGGAGCACAACGCGCCCAAGGACUCGGACAAGGACAGGAUGGAGGCCGAGGCGGCGUCUGCUGGCCCCGAGGCGGCCGAUGGACGGUACGGUGCGGCCGACAUGGUCGAGGGCAACUACACCAAGGACUCGAAGGAGGCCAAGGACCGCAAGGAGGCGGGCAAGAUGGGCGAGCGCUGA